GACCUGGACGCAAAGGAGGAGGGAACUUCCGGAAGGCAGCUUCCACUUCCGGUUCCCCAGUAUUUUCUUUAGUUCGAGACUUGAAGCGUUUCCUGUGAGGAGGUUGUUGCGUCGGGAGAAGGUUCGAGGAGAUUCGAGCUCCCGCCAGGAUGAUCGAGGUUGUUUGCAACGACCGCCUGGGGAAGAAAGUCCGCGUUAAGUGCAACACCGAUGAUACCAUCGGGGACCUUAAGAAGCUGAUCGCUGCCCAAACUGGCACCCGUUGGAACAAGAUUGUCCUUAAAAAAUGGUACACGAUUUUCAAGGACCAUGUGUCUCUGGGGGAUUAUGAAAUCCAUGAUGGAAUGAACCUGGAACUUUACUACCAGUAAAGAAGAAGUCCUUCUUCUGUUCUCUCCUCACCCCCCCCCCCAACCUCACCGCUCCCAUUGCUAUGGAUGCUUGUUUUUAAAAACUCACAUUAAUAAAGAUUAAAAUGUU